GGCCAUUUGACCGUCCGUGAGUUCCACAGAGACUGGAAAUGGGGGAGAUCUUUGUGAACAAACUCUACACUCUGCAUUUUGUUUUUACCUGGAUUCUGGCUGUGGUUGUGGCAGUGAAUUGGUGCUACUGUUUCAAGUUGGCCUUGCCGCAAUACUCAGAGUCCCUGCUGCCAUGGUCCAUUUAUACGGCCUUUGUCACACUUCUCAUGCCCGUUGUGAAGAUGGGUUUGCUUUAUAUGGAGAAGCAGCAUGAAAGAUGGGGAAAGAACGUGAAGAUAUGCCAGGCUCUGCUAAUAACGAUGACUGGUAUGGUGGUUGGAACCAGUUGGUCUGGUUGGGUCUCCCUGCUGUUUCCCUACGUCUCGGAUUUCAGUUCUCCCGGACCUACCGGGAUCACCUUGGCCCUGUUGGUAACGGCUGUGUUUAUCGUCAUCCAGGCUGCAUUGGAGAAAUUCUUGGAGAAUAAGCAAGACGAUAGCACUUGGUACGUGAUUUCAUACGAGAUUUUGCUGAACUCCCUGUGGUCAUCCCUGGGUUAUUUCUGGAAUUCAGUCUGGAACCGUUUCCUCAUGAAGCUGCAGCGCCGGGACCGGAAGCCGGGCCGAAAGCCGGGACCCAAGGCCACAGGGGCCGCGGCGAUGCGGCAACUGACGGGGGCCCAACGCACUGGGCCAGAGCACAAGUUCCAGACCAUUCAGGAUAAAAUGAAUGGCAGGCCCAACCAGGUAGAUGACAAUGGACCCGGCUACAGGCCCUUGCUGAUCAAAGCCGCUAUCACACUGUCAGUCUGCCUGGUGCUGCUCUACCUGCUCCCUGAAGCCCGCGAGCGGCCAGAAAGUGGGGCAAGCCGAGGAUGGCACCGACGACGUUUCUGGAUCGCUGCCAAGAUGAUGUUGAUCAUCAUUCCAAGUUAUGCUGUCACGGAUGCUGGGUUUUACUUUGGAACCCAGUUUGUGGGGACGAAGACUGGGAGCGAACAGCUGGGAUUGCUGGUAGCCUUUGGCUACGCGGUAUUGAUGACGAUUCUUAUUUUACGAUUCGCGAAAUACUUGCAAUGGAAGCCUCAAUCGAUUUACGCUGGUCGCUUGUUGACUCUGGGCACGUGGCUAGUGUGCUAUGCUUGGUGGUACCCUUGGCAGGAACUCUUGUAUCAGAUUCAAGGUUACGGACUGUGGGAACUGAACUUGAAGCUGAGAAGCACAAGCCUUUCUGGACUUUUUGGGCUGGUUGUGUGAUUGACUUUAGAUCAUUUGAACUGAUGUGAAUGUCCUUUUUUCAUGGUUUGGGGAUUCCAUGGUAUGCCCAAAAUCGUGAAGCCUUCUUUUUGUCCAAACUGGCGCAGUGGAGAUCGCCAGAGAUUGGGUACCUCAAUGAACCUUACAGAUCCAUUGACAUCAGGAGUAGCUCCAUGGAAUGCUUCUUCCAAGUGCUAAUCACGCUUGCUGGAGCCUUGUGUUUUACGCUACUUGUAGGCUUUUCCAUAGCGCAGCUCACAGCUUGGCAAUGCGUCCUUGGAACGCAAGAUGUUGACGAAGCUUUAUUGGAGGAUGUGACGUCGCGUGAUGAGCAACUUCGUAACUUUGCAAAUCGCCUGGGAUUGCAACCUGCAACUGCAGCACCUUGCUUGGAACUGACUCCUGGACAUAGUGGGGCUGGUCUCGAUGUUGAAGGCUAAAUUUGGAAUCGACACAGCAAAGAUAUGCGCCUUUGGUUGGGAAAA